UCCCACCCCAACCCCCACAACCUCCAUUUACUCAUUCCCUCCACUCGAUAAGUGUUUUUGACAAUUGAUGCAAGUAACAGUACCUUGCGGAAGAAGGAAGCAGAGGCAGGAUCCAAAAGCAUCUAGCAGAGGAGGAUGCUGUUUUGGAAGCAGGGGUGUAUGAUUUGCGGUUGCCCAAAGUGAACUUUGAGGUGGGCACCCUCAAUUCCUUUUUUUUAUAAAAUGAAUUUAUGACAUCAAGCUAAAUGAGCUGAGAAAAGGGAAUCAGCAACAAUCUUCACCGUGGAAUGAAAAGCCAACUAAUGAGGCUGCAGAACUACGGAAAUCCAGGGAGGGCAACAGUCCCUGUGAAGUGCCAUUCAUAAAGGAAGGCUAAGGGCAACCCGCCGCCCAGCCAAUCACAAGCAUGCACUCUGCCGCUGUUCUUCUGAGCCUUAACUGCUAGUAAGUAGGUCCGUUUGCUAGCUGCGUGUUUGCAGGAGAUGAGAGAGCACCUUGGAGGAUGGUGCAUCUGAGUGGGCUGAAGAUUUCGAUGGCUGGCCCAAUGGCUUGGUUGCUCCCUCUGAUCCUGGCCUCCUGGGCCACCGUUUUGACAGCUGAAGGCCAAAAUCCUUCUCCUCCACAAGUGCUUACCAAGAAUGGGAAGCUCCAGGGCCAGCAGGUCCAAGUCAGUGGUGCGGAGAGAAAGGUGGAUGUUUUCCUUGGAAUCCCCUAUGCAAAGCCACCUCUUGGGCCAUUACGGUUUUCCCAGCCGCAGCCGGCAGAACCUUGGAGCAAUCUGAGAGAUGCAACUUCCUACCCACCAAUGUGUCUGCAGGAUCCGGAAGUGGGACAAAUGCUGUCAGAUAUGUUUACUAACAAAAAGGAAAAGGUCUCUUUGAGUAUUUCUGAGGAUUGUCUGUACUUAAACAUCUUCACCCCGGCUCGUUCUGACAAGAACAGCAAGUUACCAGUGAUGGUCUGGAUCCAUGGAGGAGGAUUACUGGUGGGUGCUGCAUCCACAUACGAUGGGUCUGCGUUAGCGGCUUUUGAAAAUGUGGUGGUGGUGGCGAUUCAAUACCGGCUGGGCAUUCUUGGUUUCUAUAGUACUGGUGAUGAGUUUGCACGUGGAAACUGGGGCCUCCUGGAUCAAGUGGCAGCUCUCCAGUGGGUCCAAGAGAACAUUGCAGCCUUUGGAGGAGAUCCUGGAUCAGUUACUAUAUUUGGAGAGUCUGCAGGUGGAUUCAGUGUUUCUGCCCAUGUCGUAUCUCCUCUGUCAAAGGGUUUGUUCCACAAAGCCAUCUCUGAAAGUGGCGUUUCUGUCAUGGAGGCUCUCACAAAGGUUAAUCCACAAAAGUUUGCAAAGAAAAUUGCUGCGACUGCUGACUGUCCGACAUCCAGCUCAGUUGAGAUGAUUCGUUGCCUCAAGGGAAAGACGGAGAACGAGAUCCUACAGACGACUCUCAAGAUGGAUUUCACCACAAUGCAUCUUGGCUCAGAAGAAGAACACACUGUGUUCUACAUUGCAAGUGUUGAUGGUGUAUUUCUUCCAAAACACCCCAAGGACCUCCUUGAAGAGAAAAGGAUUAAUAAUGUUCCAUUCAUCAUAGGCGUCAAUAACCAUGAAGCAGGAUGGAUUAUUCCUAGUAUGCUGCAGUUGCCGGAUGCCACCAAGGGGCUUGACAGAGAGACGGUCACUCUUGUGCUGCGCAGCUCAGAGCAAAUCUUGGGUGUCGCUCCGGAGCACGUUCCUAUAGUUGCCAAUGAAUAUCUGAAGGAUAUUAGUGACCCUGUACAGCUCAGGGACAAACUCCUCGAGCUGCUAGGAGAUGUGGUAUUUGUUGCUCCAGCCAUCCUAACAGCGAAACUCCACAGAGAUGCUGGCUACCCAGCCUAUGUGUAUGAAUUUCAGCACCGUCCAAGUUCAUCCUUGGGCUUUAAACCGGACUAUGUUAAAGCGGACCAUGGUGAUGAAAUUGGCUUUGUCUUGGGGAAGCCUUUCUUAGCAGAUGAUGCAACAGAGGAAGAGAAAAGACUGAGCAAAACGGUUAUGAAAUAUUGGGCUAAUUUUGCUCGCAGUGGGAACCCGAACGGUGCUGGCCUGGUGAACUGGCCCCGGUACGAUGCGGCUGAACAAUACUUGGAAAUAGGCUUAAAGCAGAAGCCGGCAAAGAAGCUGAAGGAGCAAGCAGUUAACUUUUGGACCAAGAUUUUACCUGAAAAAAUAGCUGAAAGCCAAAGGCGAACCGAAUUAUAAACCCUUAACCAGGCUUAGGUUGCUCCAACACAGGAGAUACUUUUUUGUUUCACUGGAAAUGAUUUCACAGAGAAUUAUUAUCCACAGUUUGACAUUUGGUCAGUUAUUGUCCAUUGCCCACCAAUUUGUUGACGACUAACAAUAUAGAUGGGGUUCUGAUUACA